AUGUCGUCUGGAAUGUCCAAGCGUCUGGAGGGCAAAACAAUUUUGGUGACCGGCGCAUCAUCAGGGAUAGGGCAAUCGGUUGCCAAAGAAUUUGCUCGGACAUCUCCACAAUCCUUGAAGAUCAUCUUAACCGCGAGGAGAUUAGAAAAGCUUAGGGGAGUUGCAGCAGACAUUCAAAAGGAAGUCGGAGAUGGGGUGAAGGUCUUGCCUGUCCAAUUGGACGUCAGUAAACAAGAAGAGGUAAAAAGCUUCCACGGAAAGUUACCGGAUGACUUCAAAGAUAUCGAUGUUCUAGUGAACAAUGCUGGGUUGGUAAAGGGUGUUGCGCAGGCACCCGACAUCCUUCCCCAAGAUAUCGAUAUCAUGUUCUCCACGAAUGUCACCGGGCUCAUUAACAUGACUCAAGCAAUAAUGCCAAUCAUGAAGCAGAGAGGAGAAUCCGGAAGUGGAGAUAUCAUCAACAUUGGCAGUAUUGCUGGCAGAGAAGGAUACCCCGGGGGCAGUAUAUACUGUGCUACCAAGGCGGCAGUUCGGACAUUUACAGAUGCUUUAAGAAGGGAACUAAUAGCAAGCAGGAUUAGGGUUAUUGAGGUGGACCCGGGUCAGGUCGAAACAGAGUUUUCUUUGGUUCGAUUUGGUGGAGACAAGGCAAAGGCCGACGCUGUCUAUGCAGGCUGUGAACCCCUGACACCCGAUGAUGUAGCUGAAGUUGUCGUCUUCGCUGCAGGUAGAAGAGAGAACGUGGUGCUUGCCGACUCGCUUAUCUUUCCCAAUCACCAGGCAGCAGCAACAGUGAUCUACAAGAAAUAA